AUGCCUCAGUUCCUGCUUUUCGCCUGCCUCUUCAUCAUAGUAACACUAGUGUCACCAAGGGCCCUAGACCCUUGCUCUGCUUACAUCAGUCUGAACGAGCCGUGGAGGAACACUGAGCACCAAUUCGACGAGUCUCGAGGUUCCCCUCUAUGUGACAACAGUGUGGACGGGGAGUGGUACCGCUUCACAGGCAUGGCGGGGGAUGCUAUGCCCACCUUCUGCAUACCAGAAAACCACUGCGGAACCCAUGCACCUGUCUGGCUCAAUGGCAGCCACCCUCUGGAAGGUGAUGGCAUUGUGCAACGCCAGGCCUGUGCGAGCUUCAACGGCAACUGCUGCCUAUGGAACACCACUGUGGAGGUCAAGUCUUGCUCUGGAGGCUACUAUGUGUACCGUCUGACCAAGCCCAGCGUCUGCUUUCAUGCCUACUGUGGCCAUUUUUAUGACAUCUGUGAUGACGACUGCCAUGGCAGCUGCCUGGGUACCACUGAGUGCACAUGUGCUCCAGGAACCGUGCUAGGCCCCGACAGACAGACAUGCUUUGAUGAAAAUGAAUGUGAGCAAAACAAUGGUGGCUGCAGUGAGAUAUGUGUAAACCUCAAAAAUUCCUAUCGCUGUGAGUGUGGGGUUGGCCGUGUGCUCAGAAGUGAUGGCAAGACAUGUGAAGACAUUGAAGGAUGCCACAAUAACAAUGGUGGCUGCAGCCAUUCUUGCCUUACAACUGAGAGAGGCUAUCAGUGUGAAUGUCCCCGGGGCUUGGUGCUGUCUGAGGAUAACCACACUUGCCAAGUCCCUGUAUUCUGCAAGUCGAACACCAUCGAAGUGAGCAUCCCCAGGGACCUGGUUGGCGGUCUGGAGCUCUUCCUGACCAACACCUCCUGCCGAGGCGUGUCCAAUGGCACCCAUGUCAACAUCCUCUUCUCCCUCAAGACGUGUGGCACAGUGGUUGAUGUGGUGAACGACAAGAUCGUGGCUAGCAACCUGGUGACAGGUCUACCCAAGCAGACCCCAGGGAGCAGCGGUGACAUCAUCAUUCGAACCAGCAAACUGCUGAUUCCUGUGACCUGUGAGUUUCCACGCCUGUACACCAUUUCCGAAGGCUACGUUCCCAACCUUCGCAACACCCCGCUGGAAAUCAUGAGCCGCAGUCAUGGAAUCUUCCCAUUCACUCUGGAGAUCUUCAAGGACCGUGAGUUCGAAGAGCCUUACCGGGAAGCUCUGCCUACUCUCAAGCUGCGAGACUCCCUCUACUUUGGUAUUGAGCCCCUGGUGCACGUGAAUGGCUUAGAAAGCCUGGUGGAGAGCUGCUUUGCCACUCCCACAUCCAAGAUCGACGAGAUCAUGAAGUACUACCUCAUCCAGGAUGGCUGUGUUUCAGAUGACUCAGUAAAGCAGUACACAUCCCGGGAUCACCUCGCAAAGCACUUUCAGGCCCCCGUCUUCAAGUUUGUGGGCAAAGACCACAAGGAAGUGUUCCUGCACUGCCGGGUCCUGGUCUGCGGGAUGCUCGACGAGCGCUCUCGCUGUGCUCAGGGCUGCCACCGGCGAGUGCGUCGUGAGGCAGUAGAAGGAGAGGAUGCCGCUGGUCCACAGAGCCAGAUGCUGACAGGCGGGCCGAUCAGCAUCGACUGGGAGGACUAG